AUGCUCACUCUGGUCUUGCUCUUGUCUGUCGUCGCCGCCAUGAACAUUGACCUUGACAUUCAAACCACUCUCACGACUGAGAAAGCCUCUUGGACUCUGGAAUUGUCUCGCACAUGGGAUGUCCUUGGACCGUUUCCAAUUCACGCCCGCGAACAACAUUUCCUUUCGCCAUCUUUUCCCAUCAAUAUCUCGGAGCCUCUUGACUUAGAGAAAACAUACCCUUCGGCAUAUGCAGACAACGGGACUGUUGGAUGGUCAACAGCGGAGGCCUCCGCCGAGGGUAAUCUCGCUAUAAGCUUCCCAGAUAUUCGUUGGUCUGAGCUUCGUGCGACGGAAGGUUGGAGCGCUUUACAACACCACGCUGUUCUCCACACGACCUUGACGGCUUACCCUCCAAUUGGAGUCACGAAUACUGCACCUCCUCGUUUGAUUUUGCAGCUGAUCCAAGGCGCUUAUGUCACUAUUCUCGACUCCAAAUUCGACUCUUUGGAGGCCCCAAAGACCAUCCCCCCCACACAAGAUAUCAAAUUGACAAUUGACAUUGAAGCUGUCACACCCAAUGUGCACUUGGAGCCUUCGCAAAACGUUAUUUGUGACUUUAUCGACGGACAUGCGUUUGGUGAUGCUCUCGGUGUGGGGCUGCACAGUGUAGGAGGCUGGUGGACCGUGCUUUCUGCCAAGGCGGAGAAUUUCUCCCUCGAGCUUACGCGGAAAGUGGUCCUGGCUCCUUCACAAUCUCGCAUCGUGCCUUUGCGGGUUCUUCAAACAGCGGAAUAUCCUGACUCGACAUUAAAUAUCACGCUCGUCGUUGCUUCAAAUGAAGGACGGGAAAUAGAAGUUGCUGUUACUCUCGCCGUGAAUCAGCUUACUUCUGAUGCUGCUUUCAUUUUUGCGUCUCAUUUCGCCGCUGGUGUGCCGAUGAUUUUCACGGCUAUUUCGCCGAUAUCGGAGAGCAGCGGGCCGCCAAUCCUGGCCUUACAUGGUGCUGGUGUGGACAUCGUAUCAAACUCUUUCUGGGCGGAGGCACUUCCGCGUCAGCAAGACAGAUGGAUCGUUGCCCCUUCUGGCCGCACGGCAUGGGGUUUGGAUUGGCACGGCCCCAGUGCAUUAGAAGCAUGGGCGUGUGUUGAUUCUCUGGUUUCAAUUCUUCGGUCAAGUAAACCCUCAAUGGCUUUAGAAUAUGGAACACCCGUUCUAUUGCUAGGCCAUUCCAAUGGUGGACAAGGGUCCUGGUAUCUGGCUUCGCGCUUCCCUGACAGAGUCAUUGGAGUGAUUCCGCAAGCCGCAUAUAUCAAGUCUCAAGCCUACGUCCCACUGACUAUGUCGCGAUCAGCUCACUUCAUCGAUCCCGCCGUUCGUGCCAUCUUGGAAACCUCGUUGACCCCGGAUGAUAACGACCUUUUCCUCUCCAAUCUCGUCGAUACCCCAAUUCUUGCGCUGCAUGGUGGCGCCGACGAUAAUGUACCAGUCUGGCACUCACGCGAGACUCUAAGUGUCCUCAAGACAUGGGACAGCGGAGUAAAUGCAACGUUCAGAGAGGAUCCUGGAAUGCCUCAUUGGUAUCCGGACAUCAUGAUAAACGACCGGGUGCAGUCUUUCAUCGAUCAAGUAUUCUCGUCUCAGUCACGUGCACCACCAAACACUUUUACCUUGACGGUAGCAAUCCCUACUGAGAGUGGAUCUCUACAUGGCUUCACGAUCGAGUGUCUGACUACUCCUGGCAGACUAGCGAGAUUGACGGUCCAUGUCAGUGCUAAUGGCCAACUGCAAGUGUCCUCGACCAAUGUCCAACGUUUCUCUAUUGCCUCGGGCAAAUGGAACUUGAGCACAAUCGUGAUCGAUAAUUCGCCACUGCUUCAUAUCGCGCCGGAUCUCGUUACUGCUACAUUUGAAAGGCUUAACCGCAAGUCCUGGAAGCUUGCCGACGCAAUCGAGGGUGCUGGCCCACAACCCUCGGGCCGGAUGCAGUCCUUCCUGACAUCGAAGGCACCUUAUCAUCUGCUCGUACUAGACGGUUCAAACACGCAGCACCUGUCUCUCGCUUUGCGGAUCGCUCAUGAUCUGAACACAUACCAUCGACUUGAUUCUGAGAUCCACGUUGGCCCCACCGACAUCGCACAGGAAGGAAAUAUUCUGGUGAUUGCCCAUACCAGUGACCCCCGGCUUGCCGAGCUUCUCCGAGAUCAACGAACCCCGUUCAAAAUAGAAAACAAGCAUCUCGCCCUGCGAGAAGCUGUGUUUGAUGAGCCAGGUUUAGGCAUUCUAUUCCUUCACCCUCACCCUCAAGAUCCAAAGGGACAGAUGCUAUUCUUGCUGUGUACAGAUGACGCAGGAUUAGAGCGCGCUGGAAAAUUGUUUCCGAUCCGAACAGGGGUUACCGUCCCCGACUGGCUUGUCAUCAGUAGUCGAGCAGAUCAGAUGGGUGCGGGCGGCAUCAUUGGCGCAGGGGUGUACGGAAAUAACUGGAGCUAUAACGACGUGGCCUCGUGGCUAUAUUGA